UGGUCUCGAACUCCUGAGCUCAAACGAUCCGCCCACCUCGGCCUCCCAGAGUGCUAGGAUUACAGGCGUGAGUCAGCGUGCCCGGCCUCACAUUGCCCUGUUUUAAUUCCUGACAUGGCCUCACUUUUUUUGUUUUGUUUUCUCUCCCCCUCCACCCACGGGAGAACGGAGGCCUCCUCCAGCUCAGUUGGGCAGAAUUCCCUGGAAUAAUGCUCCGAACGGCAACACUCAGCACAUGUUUAUUUGUGGCCUCAGCUUGUCUUGAAGCUCCCUCCAUUAGGGCUCCUCUGUCAUUUUUUUGCAGACAUCACCCUGUCACCAUAAAUGGUGCUUGGUAGAAAUUGCUGCCUUACUGUGAUAGAACUGAAAACCUCUUUUAGAGACCAUGGUGACUAACUUGGGGGGAUCUCCUAUGAGCUUUUUUAUUUUUAAUUUUUUUGAGAAUUUGGAUGGAUAGUUAUGUUGGCCUUAUAAUGUAUAAGCAAGAACACAGACUCUGGGGGUACAUGAACGAAUUGUGCUCUGCCCCUUACUUAAUAAUCUCUCUCAGCUACAGUUUCCUCAUCUGUAAGGUGGGCAGAGCCAUCUGUGUGCUGCGGUUACUGGUGAAAAUUUUAAGUCCUCUAAAUAAGACUUUAAAAUGGUGUCUACGGAAGGUUGAUUGGUGGUUGCCUAGGGCUGGAGGAGUUGGGGGAAUAUGGGCAGUGACUGCUAAUGGGUAAGGGGUUUCUUCUGGGACAAUGCGAAUGUCCUGAAAUGGUUGUGGUGAUGUUGCACGUAUCUGUGAAUAUACUAAAAAAUCACUGACUUGUACACUUUAGGUGAGUGACUUGUACAGCAUGUGAAUUAACAAAGUUGUUAUUUUAAAAAUGUUGUCUUCUCUCUGCAUUAAAAUAAAAAAAGAAAA